GCUGGGACGUGUAGUUGGGAAAGGAGGGAGGGAGUGCUGCGAGAAGGCCUUCCCUCCCUCCGGUCGUUCCCGGCGCGGGGAGGAGCCUGAUCGGUGAGUGGUUGGGCGGGGGCGGAGGCUGGGGGGGUUAUCUUUUGCCGGACACCUGGGUUCCUGCGGGAGGGGGGGGGGGAGGUGGUCGAGUAAGCAGCGGGGUGCUGCCAUUUACCGGCGCGUCCCUUUUUUUGCUUGCUGCCCCAGUGGCCCACCUCCCGCUUAGCUUGGUCUAGGCGGGGCAUUGCCAGGCGACGGAGCGAUCGCGGUUGCAUCCUGGGCGCCUUGUGAGUUGCCCCGGGCGGGCUGCGGCGAAUCCCUCCAGGGUGCCAGAUCCCUAGGGAUGCAACUGCGUUGCCGGCAGAUCCCUUUGCUUCAUGGGCGGCAGCGACCUCUUUUCUCUUUCUCUGCAGGCCCAAAGGCGAUGCAGGGAUGCAGCUCAAGGGACCUCCUAGUUCGCCCUUAGAUUGCGCCCCACGCCCUUCAGGCGGGAGAAGAAGGUGGGGUGGGUGGGGGGCUAAGUUGCACAAACUGCGAUCUCUUUUAAAUGUACGUUAGUGCAUCUGAAUGUGCCACACACUCGCCCCUCCUCAAAGUGGCUAGAAUACGCCCCCCCCCACGUACUCCACCCCGUCCUUGCAGAUCCGUUGGCAGUACAGUAUAGCUUUCCUGGACCUUUGCGGUGUUGUGACAUUCUCCUGGGUAUUGUGUAAAAACUGUGAAACGAUGGAGCAGUUGCUACCCUUGUAGAAAGACUUUGCAGAAGGGUUGCGGCUGCUACUUCUGUGCAACAUCUUGCCCCAGGGAUCCAGUCCCCAAGGACUUUUAUUUCUGCUCCUGUCAAACUCCAUUUGUACCAUUUCACCUGCCCAGUUCUCCCUGGUUGGGUUUACUGUGGUGGGUGCUGCUUAGGAAGCCUUUUGGUCCAGCACCUCAACCGCUCCAACUGAGCUCAUCAGUGUACAAAUGUUUUCUGCUGUUUGCAAGCAGAUGGGCCCGUUAACUAAGGCUGGCAGACGUGGGUGCAGAGACUGUGGAACUAACUCUUGGUAGAAAUUUUGGCAUAAUUUCCCUACCACUGGGUCGUACUAGCCAUGCUGGGCUAUGAAUAUGAGGUCAUCCAUGUAUGUGCUGGACAUUUUGCAACAAAUAGCUCUGCCCCCCCUCUUUUUUUGAGCUAUGAAGCUGUUGUACCUAGUGCAUGUUUUACUACCCUUGUACGCAGACCCUUUCAUAUUGGGAGUAGUGCUGGGAAGCAAUCACUAUAACGCUUAGGGGGGAAAGAGUUUGUAGAAUCCAAGACAUGCUAUACGAGCAGAACAGGAAGGAAAGUCUGUUAGGUCUUUAAACAGAACUGGUUGGGCAAGUCAGCAAUCGAUGACCUGGUGACAUUUCCUGGUAACGUUUCCUGGAUCCUAUUUGGGGAGGAGCUGAGCUCUGCCACCUGUCGCAUGCUAUAGGUGCGGCUGGUCCCCAGAACUCCCAGCAAGAUAUGAAUUGGGAACUGUCAGAAAGGUCUGGAAACCACAAGGGCUCUGGCAUAAUUGCUACUCAAAAUGAUGUAAAGAUCCAAACUUCUGGGGUGGGAGAAUCGUUGUUGGUAGGUGAAAGAGCCAGCGGUUAGCAGCCUGAUGACUGAAGGGCUUGAUCGCAGCCUUGGAGUCUCCUCGUCAAAAGGGAGCGGGGUUUGGAGUAUGGGCAGGGCUGGUUUGUCCCAUGACUCAGUGGCUUGUCUUUCUAGAUUCGGAAGGGGCAGUGACCCCUACACACCCUCCCUUCCUUCUUCCGUCUUUCCCUAACACCCUGUCUGCUUCACUGUGCUUUCUUGUUUGGAUUACAAACUUUACAUAGUUUAAUUGGGUAAUUAGCAAAGCUUUAGUUGACCUAUUGGUGCAGGCCAAUUUUAAUUGUUGAGGACAAUUUCUGCGACUUAGGAAUGCACUUGUUUGUUUACUUUCAAGGCCUUUUUUGUUUCUGGUACCUCAUCUUCUACCACCUUCUAACAAGGAGCCAGAGUUUUUUGUGUAUUAAGAGCUAGCAAUGGCCUGAGUGUCAGGCUUCGACUGGGGAGAUCUGGGUUCAAAUCCCUGUUCAGCUGCAGAGCUUAUUGGCUGACCUUGGGCCAGUCACCCUGUCUCAUGGUUGUUUUGACAAUGAAAGGGCAAGGGGAACACACAGUCUAUCUUGAGCUCCUUGAAGGAAAAGCAAGAUAAAACUGAGAAUGAGUGCCUGAGCUUGCUUUAUUCCCUCCUCAUUUUGUGUCCCAUUUCCUAUUACGAUGUGUCUUUUAGAUGGUGAUUCUGAGGGUGGGGGCUGUCUUCUCAUUGAUAUUCAUAAGCUGCUCUGCAAUCCGAUUUUUGGCAGAAGAACAGGACAAAAAUCCCCAUAAUAAUAGAUUGCAAGCUAUUUUACAUUUCCUCCAGUAACUCAAAAAGGCACCUUUAUUGGAGUUUGGAUAAUGUGAGUAAAUAAGUAAUUAAUCAUUUUAAAGUGUUAUGUUUAAUAAACUGGAAAAAAGGUUAAUCAGUUGACAGUCCAACUUUUAGUGUGCUCAUGUCUCUGGUGUAAUUCUGCUCCAGCAGGAAUCCUCGUAGUGCACAGUUUGGAAGUGCCACUGCUGGUGCUGCUUCCAUGCCUGUUCCGUUGCAGAAUUCCUGGCCCAGUUGCCUGGCUUUCCCCCCGAUGUUGCUUCACCUUCUGCCUUUUCUUGUUUCCUUUUGCUUUUCCUUCUUGCAUGGAUAGGAAUCAGUAUGCUUGGUGCUGCUGCCUCACUGCCUCCCCGUCCUCCACCCCCCCACAAGGUAGGGCAGAUUGCAUGUCCACCCCUGCUGCAUCCCUUUUGCACCCCCUGCUGACCCUCUUCUUCCCUUCCAGGUUCCCGGGAACCUCAGGCUCAUGCCCGUCCCAUCCCGCCCACGCCUGCAAUGGGACGAUUCUCUGAAUCCCUUGCGGAUUAGUGUGGGCGGACUCCCAGUGCUGGCGUCCAUGACCAAAGCGGCUGACCCCCGCUUCCGCCUGCGUUGGAAGGCCAUUGUGGCAACCUCCCUGGCCCUGAUCCUUGUCCUGCUGCUCCUCUGCUUCCAGCGUUCGCCUUCGGCAAGCAGGCCGGUGCCUCUCACCGCUCACAACUGGCGCCUCGGGGCACUGCCCAGUGGGCGGUACAAUGACACCUACCCCUUGUCGCCACCCCAGCGGAUCCCGGAGGGCGUGCGCUACCGCAUUGGACUCAUUGCCGACCUCGACACGAACUCCAAGGGCCCCGGCGAGCACACCUGGUUCAGCUACUUGAAGAAAGGUUACCUGACCCUGUCGGCCAGUGGGGACCAUGUCUCUGUCGAGUGGGACACCCAGGACCAUACGCUGGAGUCUCACCUGGCUGAGAAGGGGCGUGGCAUGGAGCUCUCCGAAUUGGUAGUCUUCAACGGCAAGCUGUAUGCUGUGGAUGAUCGCACUGGUGUGGUCUACCAGAUCGAUGGCACCAAGGUGGUACCUUGGGUGAUCUUGUCUGAUGGGGAUGGCACAGUUGGCAAGGGUGAGCUCAGGUUUUGUGUUGGAUACCCCAAUGACACUGUCAUUCCCGUUUCUCAAUGUCCGAAAUAUAACAGAGGCCACAGUAGAAGUGGGAAUUCCCAGAAUUCCCAUGCCUUCGGUCACAAAUAUGGCCGGCUCACAAUUAGAACAUAAGAAGAGGCUGCUGGAUGAGGCCAGUGGACUAUAAAGUCCAGCAUCCUGUUCUCCCAGUGGUCGACAGUUCCUCACAAUGUCCUGCUUUCCAGGCUCGGCUGCAUGCAUUCUUUUUAUUACCGUUGGGCUGUGGGACCCAUUUUUAAUUAAGAGGCAAAAGUUGUUCAUUUAUUAGCACAUUUGGUUAGAUCAGGGUGCUGAUAAUGCCAAGGUUGAAAGUUCGAUCCCUGUAUGGGACAGAUGCAUAGUCCUGCAUUGCAGGAGGUUGAGCUAGAUCAGGGGUCAGCAACCUGCGGGCCAUGAGCCACAAGCGGCCCACGGGGGUCGUUUAAACGGCCCCUGAGCUGUCUCGGAACCGAGCUGUCCGUUCGGCGAGUCCCCGCCCACUGCACUAAACCAGCGGAGCGGGGACUUGCUUCCACGGCACCGGAAAUCGCAUCUGCACAUGCGCAGACGCGAUCCGGCCCACAGAGCGAUCUCCGCAGGAAUGAACCGGCCCAGGCGAGGUAAACCUUGCUGACCCCUGGGCUAGAUGAUCAUCAGGGUCCCUUCCAACUCUUCAACCAUAUUUUGAAUGGAGCUCUGAGAAGUGAAUUUGCCUCCCUACAAUAGACGCACAUCUCUCUGCUCCUUACAAGGGAGCUGUGGAAGCUUGGGUCCAGGUAUCUGGGGUGUGUAUCCUUGACUGGAACCGUCAGCUCCCUGGGCAGUUAACACCAUGCCUUAAACCCUGAACUCUUUUCUGUUUUCCCCAGGGUUUAAGGCUGAGUGGCUAGCAGUGAAGGACGAGCAUCUGUACGUAGGAGGCCUGGGCAAGGAGUGGACGACCACCACUGGGGAGGUGCUGAACGAGAACCCCGAGUGGGUGAAAGUCAUUGGCUACAAAGGUGACGUGGCUCACGAGAACUGGGUGGCCAAUUACAACGCACUGAGGACUGCAGCGGGGAUCAAGCCCCCAGGUGAGCAGUGGGCAGGUUCUUGGAUUGGAAGAACUGUUUCAAAAGAAACAUGCUGGCACCUGUGUCAUUCUACUUCUGGAUUUUCUGAGCACUCUGGGUUUUGGUUUGUUUUUCGUAUAGAUGGGAUUGGUGAAUGACAGAGGGGGAGUCAGAGGGGGUAUGGAAUUUGGGGGGGGGGGGCAGGAUAUGGGUCUGCCUAGAGAGGAAGAGAAAAGCAAUAAGGGCUUCAUUUUCAUGUUCAUGAACGCUGUGAUCAAGCGCCUAUAGCAGGUUGCUGCCUGAUGUGGCUAUUCACUCAUCUCCUGUGAAUAGAUCCAGAAGCAUAUCUCUUUAUAUGGAGACAGAUUGUUGGUCCAGCUGGCCCUACUCACUGUCAAUGUUGGUAGUAACUCCAGAGUCUGGGGCAGAGAUCUUUCCCAGGUCUCCCUUGCCAGGGGUGGCUUAACUGGAGAUGAUGGAAAUUGCAUCUGUGAACUUACGGAUGUGCUCUGUACCGCUGGUUCAUAUGCCGACUUCAAACUCAGUUCUUCAUUCCCUCCAUCUUCCAGUGUGUUUGGGGUACUCACAUCACUGAUGAUAGGAAUGCACUCAUGCAGUAUUGCUGCCACAAGCAUUAUGGGCUAUGCAGCCCAUAAUGUAGUGAAAAGUUUUGUUUAUUAUGUCUUCUGUGUUUUUAGCUUGUGUUUUUAUGUUACGAACCGCCCUGAAAUCUACAGAUGAAGGGCAGUAUACAACUGUAAAUAAUAAUAAUAGUAAUAAUAAUAAUAAUACUGCCCAUUCUUUUCCCCUUUGCCUGCUGUGGCUUCAGAGCCAGUGUGGUGUAGUGGUUAAGAGCGGUAGACUCGUAAUCUGGUGAACAGGGUUCGCGUCUCUUCUCCUCCACAUGCAGCUGCUGGGUGAGCUUGGGCUAGUCACACUUCUCUGAAGUCUCUCAGCCUCACUCACCUCACAGAGUGUUGUGGGGGAGGAAGGGAAAGGAGAAUGUUAGCCGCUUUGAGACUCCUUAAAAGGGAGUGAAAGGCGGGAUAUCAAAUCCAAACUCUUCUUCAUUGUAUUUGCCCCUGGCCCCAUCCCUGCUUGACAUUCACUUUUGCUCCGCCCCUCCCAGGUUACCUGAUCCACGAGUCUGCCUCUUGGAGCGAGACACUCCAGCGCUGGUUCUUUUUGCCGCGCCGCGCCAGCCACGGGCGCUACAACGAGCAGGAGGACGAGCACUGUGGCACCAACCUGCUGCUUAGUUCCGCACCGGACUUUGCCGACAUCACUGUGAGCCGCGUUGGCGACGUCAUCCCCACCCACGGCUUCUCCUCCUUCAAGUUUGUCCCUGACACGGAUGACCAGAUCAUUGUGGCACUGAAAUCUGAGGAGGACGCUGGGCAGGUGGCAACAUACAUCACCGCCUUCAUGCUGGAUGGGCGUUGCCUUCUGCCUGAAACUCGUAUCGGUUCUGUCAAAUAUGAAGGCAUUGAGUUCAUCUAAUGGAUUGAAUGGGUACUUUGGAGACAAGGCGGAUGAGCUGGGUGUGGGGCUGGGGCAGGAGGAUGUGCCCCAGGAUUUCCCCUCUAAUUCUGGCUCGGCUGCAAAGCAUGGUGGGACUCUGAAGUGCUCUUUCAUGGCAUAGCUUUCACCUCUAUAAAAGCAACUUGGUUUAUUGCAAGUGUGGGCCUGUUUCUGUGCGGACCCCUAGUGGUGCAGGGUGGGCAGCGCCUUUGCAGUUUUUCGUUUCUUGGCUUCAUUGCACCCUGCAAGAAACUCCUUUGGUUUCAGUCCAACUCCUUCCUGCUUUACUCACCUAGCCUGGUGAUCUGGCGAGACAUACGUGAGGAAUUGGCUUGAUCCUAUCCUAUCCUAUCCCUUCACUUUAUUUUAUUUUCUACAAUUCACAUGUGCCUUUGUUAGGAAAGGGAAAUCUUGGCACUUGGCUGUCCAGCAGGAUUAUUAUUCAGUCACUUCAAGGGUCUUCCUUGGCCCAUCCCACUCCACCCCACAGUAGCCUUGGACCUUGGCUAGAUGGGUACUUCUUUAUGAUGAGACAUUGCUGAUGAGACCUGGACCUCUGGUCUAGAGUAUGUCAGAUAACAGUAGAGGGAGUGAGAGAGCUGGGGAAUCUGUUUGGAGCAAAAAGGUGAUCUGCGGUCAGCCCCCUUGUGGCUGCAGCAAAGGGACCGCUUCCGUUAGCUGCUCCGUGUAGUUCCUAAUCUUGAGAUACCCCAGACUCCAUAUAGGUGUGAACCAAAAAGGGUAGAUUAUAAGCCAUACUCAGACUGCCGACCCAUUUAGCCCCAGGUGUUUUCUUUUCAGCAGUUUGUUGUAUCCAAGUCAUUCCCAGAGUAGCCCCACUGGAAUAAAUGGACUUAGAUUUGUCCAUUGCACACAGUAAUCCUGCACUGCUGAGGCCAUUAUUAGAAAGUUCUCAUUUGAAUCUUCCCUUUUCCCUUUUUUGGUUUAAGGUGGGUGGGGUUCAAGGUCAGGAAGCCAGCAUCCUAUUGGAGUACUACAACUGAAAUAAAGUGUCCUAGUUUAUUUUUGCUCCAUUUGGCAUUCCUUGUUCUCCACAUGUGAUAAGACAGAGCAUGUGGUCCUGAGCAUUAACAUCAGCCCUAGUAACGUGUUCUGUAUCUCAAUAAAUUAUCAAGAGCUUUUCUAGUCCCAAGAGCUUGUGAUGGUUUUGCAUACCUGAAAGCACCUUAUGGAUUGUAGUAAUGUUCUCAUGAUUUUCCUGUAGACCACAACGCUACAAGGCACUAAACUACACAUAUUAGGUGCCUAUUUUCUAACAGAUAGGUUUUUGAACGUGUAUGCAAGAAACACCAAGUCUUAUGAAUGAACUUAGAGGCUUCAGGUACCCCAAAUAAAUCCCAAGUGACCUUUGGUUUAUGUCAUAAUGUAUAUAGUUGGAGACUUAUGCCAUUUUGUGUGUGUGGCUUUAUCCAUUGUAGAGCUAAAUCGGGGUCCCAUCAGCGCAUGGAUUACCACUAAUGCAGCAAGGCUCCUCCCUCCUGUGCCCCCUCAGUAGUUCUAGGGGUUCCCCCAACCCUUCAGAACAGAUAUGGGUAGGAUGGAAGGUGCAAGUGAGGAAGGACCUGACAGGAUGAAUAAAUAAAAUAUCACCCAUAACAUAGCAAGGCUAUCUUACACCACCAGAUCAGCCAUGGAGAUAUUUCCCAAUCCUACUUAGACGUGCCAGGGACUGAUCCUGGGAUGUUCUGUGCAUAGUUAAACUAUGGAACUCACUCCCACAGGAGGCAGUGACCGCCACCAACAGAGAAGAGGAUUGGACAAAUUCAUGGAGGAGAGGGCUGUCGAAGGCUACUAGCCAUAAUGGCGAGGCUCUGCCACCACACAUGGAGGCAGCAAUGCUUCUGAAUGCCAGUUGCUGGAACUGCAGGCGGGAAGAGUGCUCUUUUGUUUGAAUCCUACUUGUGGGUUUCCUACAGGCAUCUGGUUGGGCCUCUCUGGGGAACAGGAUGCUGGACUAGAUGGGCCAUUGGCCUAACUCAGCAGGCUUUUCUUGUGUGCAAAUCAUGCUCUGCUACAAAGAUACAGCCUCACUUUCCCUGUGUAAAAAUGUAUUCGGGCACAUGGAAUAUAACAUCCUAGUGGGGCUUUUUCAAGUUGGAUGAUUCCAAAAUAACCCCACCACAAUACUUUUGGUUUAUAAUCAUAAACUAGUAUGAUAGUAUGACAAAGGAUGAGUGGCUAAUCACUAGAUGGCAGCACUUGCGUGUAGCAAAACCAAGUCUUGAGAUCAUUCAAUCUUAUCUGAAAGGACCAGUCUUUGGUGGGGGAUAGAGGUGGUUCAAUAGUGUUAUGUGCCACAUCAGAUCAGUGCGUUAGCAUUUACUUUUAAGGAUAUAUAACAUUCAGAAGACAAUGUAAAAGUGCAAGGCAUGCUAAAUAAAAAUAAGAGUUUAGCACACAAAAUCAAGAUUUGAUAGCAUUUUUAUAAACAGAACAUUGUCAGAAAACUUAAAUAGAACAUGUCUAGCUGUUGUUGUUUUUUGCAGUUGAGCAGUGUCAGUUACAUUUGCAAAACAAUCUGUGGACCUCUGUUGCUGAAGCAUCAGGCUGAGACCUUGUUUUGACUGAGGAACUGAGAACCCAUGGACCCAAGAUCACAAUAUUGUACUGUACUUCAUUAAUCCAGAAUAACCACUCCUAAUGUGCAACAGAAUUGCAUUUGUGCAUUAAAAAAUGGCAUCUCUUAAACUGCAUUUUAUUUUGACUGUACUAAUGGGGACAUGCUACAUUACGAUAUAUGUUGGGCUCCAACCAGCCUCAAACAAGAACAUUAGGGUGCUAUUCAGUGUGUGUGUGUGUGUGUGUGUGUGUGUGUGUGUAGGGGGGAGAUUUCAAGGGGAGGGGAGAGAGAAAAAAGACUAUUCACCCUCACCGUUUCCUAUUGAAAUCUUUCCCUACUUUGUUAUACAUUCCUUGAGUUCAAGACUGUUUGCGCUUUCUAAACGUGAGCUCUUUCUUGUUAUAUUGUGAGUUUUGGGGUGCGGUGGGGUUCUCCACAGAUAC